AUGAGAGACAGGGCGGCGCGGGUCGCGGGGCGGGGGCGCACUGCGAAGAUGACGGGCGCAGAUAGUGUCUCCGAGAUAGAGCCCUGCAUGAGAUGCAAGCGGCGGCCGCGGCACCCCUUCCCCCUCGAUGCCGCGCUUACCUUUGUAGAUGCUUCAAAGGAACCUGACAAACCAGAAGUGAUGACCGAAGUACCUGGCCCGAAGACACAGUGUCUGUUAGCAGAGCUUAACCAAAUGCAGCAAGCGGGUGCUGUGCAGUUAUUCGCCGAUUACAAUAACAGUUAUGGAAAUUAUUUGGCCGAUGUCGAUGGCAACCGGUUCUUGGACGUGUUCACACAAAUAUCCUCUGUACCUCUAGGCUAUAACCAUCCAAAUUUAUUGAAUGCAUUCAAGAGUGAACAUGCUCUGAGAUCCAUGAUCAAUCGGCCAGCCCUUGGCGUUUUUCCAGGAUCUGAUUGGCCUUGUCGCAUGCGUGAGGUGCUGUUAUCAAUCGCUCCUCGAGGUUUGGACCAUGUUCAUACAAUGAUGUGUGGCGCAUGCGCGAACGAAUAUGCCUACAAAUCAGCCUUCAUCUGGUAUCGUACUCAACAACGUGGAACGACUAACUUCACACAAGAAGAAAUGAAUACUUCCUUAAUGAACGAACCGCCUGGCUGUCCGAAUGUCUCUAUUUUGUCUUUUAUGGGUAGUUUUCAUGGGCGUACCACCGGAGCUCUUUCAGCAACCAGGUCGAAACCCCUCCACAGACUGGACUUCCCGUUAUUGAAAUGGCCAGUUGCUUCAUUCCCGCAAUAUAAAUAUCCUCUUGCUUUAAACGUCCGGCAUAAUGGAGUACAAGAUGUCAACUGUCUUCAAGAAGUGCAGAAUCUCAUAGACAUAUACAAGGAUUGCUAUCCCGUGGCCGCUGUAGUUGUUGAACCGAUACAGGCCGAAGGUGGAGACAGGGAAGCUUCACCACAAUUCUUCCAGAAUCUUCAGACAAUAUGCAAAAAGAAUGGAAUCAUCUUUAUCAUGGAUGAGGUACAAACUGGCGGCGGGCCAACGGGAAAAAUGUGGUGUCAUGAGCACUUUGGUCUUCAUUCGUCGCCCGAUAUUGUGAUAUUCAGCAAAAAAAUGCAGACUGGUGGAUUCUUCUUCACGGAAGCUUUAAAGCCCGCCCAACCCUAUAGAAUUUUUAACACAUGGAUGGGCGACCCCGGGAAGCUAAUACUAUUAGAAAAGAUUAUUGAAACUAUAAACAAAGAAAAUUUAUUGGAUGUGGUAAAAAAAUCUGGAGAGAUCCUUAUGAACGGCCUUCUCAAGAUGGAGAAAGACAUGUCGGGUCUUAUAAAUAGCGUGCGUGGUCGUGGUACAUUCAUAGCGUACGAUUGUAAAGACGGAGAGACCAGAGAUAGACUCAACAGGAUAUUAAAGGAAAAGGGUGUGAUAAGUGGACCCUGUGGUGAUAAGUCCAUCCGACUCCGGCCGGCGUUGACGUUUCAACCCAAACAUGCAGAAAUAUAUCUGGAUAUUCUAAGAAAGAGUUUAAAAGAACUUUAA